CAGUAACACCGUCAAAGUUGACCAAUCAAAAUCGAUGUACUAUUCUGGCAGAAACUGGUGAGGAAAGUGACAAAAUGACAAUUUAGUUAAUAUUUUUCAUUAAAUAUCUCAAUAACUAUGUCCAAAGGACCUAACAUAUCCAAGGAAGAUCAGCAGAGGUUUGCUGAAUUGUUUAACACAAUUGACAGAAACAAAGAUGGGAGAAUUGACAUCAGUGACUUGAGUGCACUUCUCAAGUCAAAAAAUGUUCCAAAUGCCUCGGAUCAAGCACAGCAUCAUCACAAGCAUCAUAUACAACACUGGGAAACGUAUCAUCGGCGUCAUAUACGACAUUGGGAAAAGCAAUUGAUGAAACAUGACGAGGAUAAAGACGGGAAGAUGUCAUUUGACGAGUUUCUCAAGUACGUCACAGAACACGAGAAAAAACUCAAACUCUACUUCAAGAAGCUGGACACCAAUCAAGAUGGUGUUAUUGAUGCCAGUGAGAUCAAAGCAUCCUUUGAGAAUAUGGGUGUCAAUGUGUCCAGUGCCGAAGCUGAAAACCUCCUGAAAAGAAUGGACACAGAUGGCACGUUAGCGAUAGACUAUGGGGAGUGGAGAGAUUUUCUGAUAUUGUCACCUAGCAACAACCUUCAUGAUAUUCUCCAUUACUGGAGACACUCUACAAUAAUUGAUAUUGGUGAAAAUGCAAUAGUUCCGGAUGAUUUCACAGAGACUGAGAUGAAGACGGGAAUGUGGUGGCGCCACCUAGUGUCUGGUGGAGCAGCUGGUGCUGUUUCACGUACAUGUACGGCUCCGUUAGACAGAUUGAAGAUAUUGUUCCAGGUACACGGGUCAAAAAUAGAGAAGAAAAAUAAACUAACUAUAGGUGAUGGUUUUCGACAUAUGUUAAAAGAGGGCGGUGUGAAGUCACUUUGGCGUGGAAAUGGCAUCAAUGUGAUAAAAAUAGCUCCUGAAUCAGCCAUAAAGUUUAUGGCAUAUGAACAGUUUAAGACUAUAUUUAAAUCAGAAAAUAAGGAGAUAGGACCUUUAGAAAGAUUUGCAGCUGGUUCAUCUGCAGGGGCAUUUUCUCAAACAUGUAUAUACCCCAUGGAGGUAUUGAAAACACGUCUAGCAAUACGCAAAACCGGCCAGUAUAGUGGCGUGAUAGACUGUGCCAUGAAACUCUGGAAAAACGAGGGUCCAGGUGUAUUUUUUAAGGGUUAUGUACCAAAUAUUAUUGGUAUAAUACCUUACGCUGGAAUAGAUCUGUGUAUAUAUGAGACAUUAAAAAAGUUAUACAUGAGAAAAUAUAAGGACCAAGAUCCUGGAGUGAUGGUAUUGUUGGCAUGUGGUACGACCAGCUCCACGUGUGGUCAACUGUGUAGUUAUCCCCUCGCCCUUGUUAGAACAAAACUGCAGGCAGACGCAAAAUCCACACACACCAUGAGCUCCAUGUUCAAACAGAUCUACACUCAAGAAGGCUUUAAAGGUUUUUACCGCGGUCUCGCUCCAAAUUUCCUCAAAGUCGCUCCAGCUGUUAGCAUCAGCUACGUCGUGUAUGAAAAUGUCCGCAAGCAACUCGGUGUGAAGUCUUCAUAGGCAUUUAUCUUGUGCUAUAACCAUAUCUAAACUCUGAAUAUAGUGAUAGACUAUACUAAGAAAAAAUAAUCCAUAGAAUAUUUAUAACUAUAUAACAGCACUCGCGGAAAUUUGAAUCAGUCGAAAAAAACUGAUGUGUAUAUACCGGGUUGUAUAUAUACCAGUAAUGAUCACUGCCUUGAGACGAAUAUACGGAGAGAGUAGAAGUUGUGCUUAUUUUUUGUGUAAGCUGCAAGAUGAGAAGUUGUUUAAUGGAUAUAAAACAAGGUCUAAUGUUAAAAAUAUUUUUAUUAGUCUUUCUACCAGUUUUUAGGGGCUCUGUUCUGGAUCAUAAAUGUUGUGAAGCAUUGAUUUUUCUAUAGCAAUAUUGUCAUAAUUGAUAAAAAAAAAGUUCUUUAAAUUUUAAAAAAAGAAGCUUCUAAUUGGUUUGCAGGAAAAGAAAAGGAAAACAUUUUGUGUAUCAAUUUAUCUGGCCUUUAUUUGUAUUGAAAAUAUGAACUUGAGGUUGAAGAUUUAUUGUAGUGUAAAACAUUUGCCUGAUUUAUUGCAGAAUUUUAUAGAAUAUCCAAGACGUGUCAGUCAGUGUCACUUUGAUGAAUUUUUAAACAUUUAUUUAGGGGAAAAAAAAAGAGAUCAAUAUUUGUAUGAAAUGUUCGUAGAAACUACUUUUGGGAUUUUUUUUGUGAAAAUUGAAGGAAUUUCAUUAAUUUGUAAAUGGAACAUAUUCUCAAAAUCAGUUUUGGAAUUUCUUGGCAACAUUUUGCAAGUGUAAAUUGAGGAAAUUUCAUAAAUCAAUAAAUUAGGUGACCAAAUAUAUGCACACAAAUAAGUCAGUGUAUUGCUUGCAUUAUGCUUAAACUUUAACUGUUUUGACAAUGAUAGUUAUUCACACACAAAAAAUAAAACAAAUUCAAAAAAGUUAAGUUUUUAAAUCUUGUAUUUUUCAGUCUUUUGCACAAUAGCAAAUUUCGUAUACGAUACAUAUAUAUUUUUGUCUUUCUGGGCAUUAUGUUUAAAUUUUCAAGGGAUAUUUAUAUCAUGUUUUUCUUAGAUGUGAAAUAAAUCACAGAUUUUUGCAGUUGUGAUAAAGUCACUCAUAUUGUAAAUUUCACCACCCUGUAUAAAUAGGUUUUUUUGCCCCAGGGUUCAAAAUAUUUUCUGGAAGCUCUUCUGAAAAGUAGUACUGUUUUUAUCCUAAAUGCUGUGUAAAUUCUGUUCAAUGUUGUACUACCUCAAACGCUAGAGUGACACCUAACAGCAUUUUGAUUUGUAAGUUUAAGGUUCAUUGCAUAAAAACAAUAAGUUACAGAAUGAUUUACUUAGACAAAUAUAAGAAAUGAUAAGAAUACUAGUUAGUUUAAAAAAACAACAACACAAGUUGAAUUUCUUAAAGGAACUCCACUGAGGUCCAAAUACCUAAAAACAUAAAAUUUCAAAAUCUAACAAAUAUCAAGUGAAACACUUAAAAUGGACAAAUCUGCAAUUGAUGACAAAGAAUUAUACUCAGAUGUGAAUUGGAAAUCGAUUUUUGUACAAUUCUUAGUUGAUUUUAAGCGAAAAGCGUUGCAAUACUAUUCAUUUUUGGGUCCUUUUAUAUUGUAAAAUGAUCAUUCUGGAAAGAGAGAGAGAGGGAAUAAGCUGAAAAUGUGCACACAAAUAACUGGUCCAGACCUACAUCUAUUGGUACCAAAAAACCUCGCAAAAAUAUUUCCAGUCCUGGCUUGUCAAAAUUCCUCAGUGGAGUCCCUUUAAGAUGAUCAACAUCUAACAUGCUGUAAAAACUGUUAUGUAGACAUUAUAAAACUCAUGUUUACUCUUUUUAAAGAAAGAAAAAAAAUUGUUACUGGGACAUAAUGGGCCUUUAAACACAUCAAGCAGGGAAAUGAAUGGCAAUAUUGGUAGUACCACUUUAGUGGAUCAAGUUAUGUAAAUUAUAUACCAAAAUGUUAACCAGAUUUGAUAGGUCUAUUAUCACAUGAGCAGUGAAUUGUGAGAAAAAGGAAAAACAUACAUUUUAUGAGUGUAUGACAAACAAUUUUAAAAUGUAGGAAAUACUUUCAAAGUGAAGCUAAGCUUUUUGCAUAUUAUACGAAUUAUCAUCUAAUAGUAUAGUUUCCGAUUUUAAAACUUGCAACAGGGGUACAAAUCGAUAAAGACAUUGCAACAUAAAAGUUUGUUGUAAAUUUUCUUUUUUUCUCAGAAAAUUAUUUUGAGAAAUAUUAGAAUGUAAAAUUUUUUUUUCUUAAAACUUAUAAUUUUUGUAAAAGAUCUGCAGUUAUUUUUGUUAUGAUCCUGGGUGAUUAUCCAUUAUUGAAAUGUGAUAUAUUUUAAUUCAUGUUGGGUAAAUUUGUGCAUUUUAUAGAAAACUUAAUUAUAUGGUAGUGUACUCGUGUAUUUCUUCUUUUUUUUUAAUGUUAUAUGUUAAAAUUAGACAUGUUUUUGCACAUAUUAAUCAGUGAUUUACAGCACAUACACUAAAAAUCAGGCACCCAAAAUAUUGUCAGUUU